AGAAUAACGGAGAGAAAGGGAUAGAGGAAGAGAGAGAGGUUGGUCUGUUAAAAACUCCCCUGGAGUAAAUCUUCCACAAUCUGAUCAGUGCUUGAGGCUAAGUGGACUAACUUACAGACCGACGAUAUAGGAGCAGGAGACCCACUCAGGUGUAUUCCACACCACAAACGAGAUAAACGCACCAGAUCAGACAUUUAAAAAAGUGUAAUUCUUCAACCUCAAACCGUACUAAACAACUCCUGAAAAAUGGGACACAAGUGUAUCACUGGAAUGUCACAAAUACUUGUCCUCUCCACCCUCAUCUUCUUCCACUUCAUCUACCACACCUCUGCCAGUGCUAUCCCAGGGCCUGACUACGGAGCCCAUCCGCGUUUUAUCUGUAUUCCUGUUCCUGCUGAUACUGACCCUGCCUGCUUUCCCUCUGGGGGACCAGCUAUGGGGCCUGGGCCUGGUGGGGCACAAAUCCACGGGCCUCCAGUAGGACCCCCAAACAGCAAUGGCUGGUGGGGGAUGACAGAGGAGGCCAAAACAACCAUUUUACACCUGAGAGAAAGCAUGGUGCAGCAGAAAGAGACCAUCCUGGAUAUGAGAGAGACCAUCAGGGAACUGACUGCCAAGCUCACCCUGUGCGAGGGCUCCAGUGGGGGCAUCGGGGCCCAUGACGACCACCAUGGACCUCCAUCACAUCACCCUUACGCUGACAACAAUCACCAGGGCAACCAUCAGGGUCACCAUGGGAACAACGACCAUGCCUUGGAUGUUGCCGGGCACUAUCCUCGGAGUGGGGGGCACCGGUCAGACCACGAGCAUGACAACAACAGGGGGAAAGAUAAACACACAACACCAGGGGAUAUAACAUCAUCAUCGCCAGAGCAACUGGGCCGAAUGCUGCAGGCCCUAAAGGACAGGCUGGAGAACCUGCAGCAGUUGAGGAACACCACCAGCUAUUCCAACUCUCUGAAGGAGCUCCUCCAGAGAAAGAUCAAUUCUCUGGAACAGCAGAUGCAUCAUACCACGGCAGCCCUGAGCAGCAGCCCUGAUCACCAUGACGAUGAUGGCGCACACCAUGGCGAUCAUCAUGACGACGGGCAUCAUGAAGGUCACGAUGAUCACCAUGAUGAUGGGCACCAUGACGAUCAUCACAACGACAGUGACCAUGACGAUGAUGGCCACCACGACGACAGUCACCAUGACGAUCAUGAUGACCACCACGAUGAGCACCAUGUCGACGGACACCACGACAAUGAAGCAAACAGCCAUGGUUACCUGCAAAGAACGGGCUACCACACACCAGGACCGAGGGCUGGCCUGCACUCAAACAACAAACUGGACUCUCUUCUGAAUAAUCUGCACCACACAGGUCCCAAAAGUAGGAAGACAAUCAAGACCCUCGAGGCCUUUCAGAUUGGCUUUCCUAUGAGAACCAACUAUAUGUAUGGGAAGGUGACCAGGACCAUCCUCCAUGAGAUCUUUGCCCUAACCCUGUGUCUGUGGAUCAAGGGGGGAGUGGGCCCGGGUCUUGGGACGCCCUUCUCCUACUCUGUACCGGGGCAGGCCAAUGAACUGGUGCUGAUCGAGUGGGGCAACAACCCCAUGGAGCUACUGGUGGACGACCAGGCUGUGACUCUCCCCCUGUCCAUCAGCGAUGGGAAGUGGCAUCAUGUGUGUGUGACGUGGUCAACACGGGACGGUCAGUGGGAGGCAUACCAAGACGGGGUGAAGAGGGGCUCUGGGGAGAACCUGUCUGCUUGGCAUUCCAUUAAACCUGGAGGGGUCUUUAUUCUUGGACAGGAACAGGACACACUGGGAGGUCGUUUUGAUGCAACACAGGCAUUUGUGGGGGAAAUCUCGGAUCUCCAGAUGUGGUCUAAUGUCCUUACAGCCCAUGACAUCUACAGCUUGGCCUCCUGUAACAGCCACCUCAGUGGUGAUGUCAUCGCCUGGUCUGAGAAUGUGUUGGAGCUCCAUGGAGGGGUCACCAACUACCCCUUUGACCCCUGUCACUAAGGGCUAUUAUUAUUUCCAACUGAUCACAGACUUAAAAAAAAGCUCCCGUCAAACAAGGAUUUUGUUGUGAUGUCGAGGAGCUAAUAUCACAUGGGAUAGUGGAUCCACUCCAGUUAGUUUUACCACUGGAUCCUGAAACAAUGCCUUCUGUUUAGUCUUUAAGACUAAAUAAGCCCAUUCCCAGAGACUUAACAUUUUAUGUCUAUUUCGGGAAUUUAAAUACUUGUAUUAUUAUAGCUUUUUUUAAUAAUGUAAUGGAGUAUAGAGUGCAUGGUUCAGUUUGAGACGUUGACCCUUAACUAGUGACAUGCCAUGGGUAAUAUGAGCCAUUUGUACAGAGCACAGCAUCCUUAUAGGGGUUCUGUAUGGGUGACAUGGAAAGUGUUGACCUAGGUAGACGGUGGAUAGAAAGAAGAUGAACAAUGGAAUCUCUUCAAAAGACGAUUCCUAGAAAGAUACAGCUAUUAUUCCAAAGAUAAUCAAGAAGUUAGUCUAAUAACUGUUUUUUAUCUCGUGUCUGGUUUUGUCUUUUCUUUUUUUUUUUUUUUUUUUUUUACUGUUUUCCUGUAUAUUCAAGUAGAUUAAGUAUGUAUAAUUGUAAUUGUGUUAAUUCCAGGUGCAACAUUUCAUUGAUUUACAUUACUUGCACAAAUGAACUCCAGGCUCAGAAAUAUGCUUUAAAAAUGUUUUGUUUUAAACCACUUUAAAUAUGUUUAUUAUGUUUAAAGUGUUUUAAAUUAGGGAGCAAAAAUAUAAGGUUAGCACCGUUUUUAACCCUUUAUUAAAGAAGGCUUAAACUCAGAGUCUGAGGAACUAAGGAAAAUAUACUCAUAAUAGACAAUCAAGCUUCACUUUGAAUAUAGCAGUGAUGACCAAAAUGUUUUAUGACAGAAUAUUUUAUGGCAAAGUUUCCACUUUAGCAGAGAGUUUGUUCACUGUAAAAGCUGAAUAUGUUAUCUCAUGUUCAAUUAUUUUGAGUUGUUGAUCAAAUGUUUGUGUUCAUUUGUACUGUACCACUUUGUUUAUAUGUACCUUUUUGAAAUCGUCUUGUUUGAAACCAAGUUAUUAAAAACAUUUCCAAUACCUUUUGUAUAUUAAAUUCCUAUUAUAUUAUUUGCUGGAACAACAUAGUGGUUCUAGAAAUGUUGAUUUGA